UUUAAAAAAAACCAACUGUUUUUCAUACAGAUUUUGGAUUUCCAGAGUUCAGGCCGAUCGGUGAACAAAAUGGAGUCGCUGAAUCAGCUGUCGUCUUCGCUGAAUCGACUGAGAGCUUCGGUCAAUGUUUCCUUAUCCAACUACGAACCUCUCGCUUUGGUCGCCGCUCCCAUUCUCACUCUGCUUCUGGCUCGACUGUUGCAAUUAUUUUUCGAUGUUAUUUCCGAGAACGGACUCAAAGCUACUAUUCUAGGCUUCUUCAUGAGCUGUGUCAAGUUAGUGCCUGGAGUAAAACGAUACAUCGAUGCCGAAAAGCAAAAGGUUGUGGAUAAAAUGCAAACUUCUGGUAAAUCCAAAAGAGAUGAUUGGAUAAGUGAGUUGCCACGGACACGACUGGGAGCUGGAGUUAUUGAGAAAAUGAAAGAUGAGAAGCAAAAAGAUGUGGUCUGGCAGGGCAGAUGCUCUGGUACAGUCUAUAUUGGAGGAACUGAGCAGGAAGGACAUUUUCCUUUGAUAAAUGAGGCAUGUUCAAUGUUUGCACAUACUAAUCCACUGCAUCUCGAUGUAUUCCCAAGUGUUGUAAGAUUUGAAGCAGAGGUUGUUGCUAUGACAGCUGCACUACUUGGAAGUAAGGAAAAGGCUUCUGGAGGGCAAAUCUGUGGGAACAUGACAUCAGGUGGGACAGAAAGCAUAUUAUUAGCGGUGAAAUCAUCUCGUGACUACAUGAGAGCUAAGAAGGGAAUCACUAAACCUGAAAUGAUAAUACCAGUAUCUGCCCACUCUGCGUAUGAGAAGGCUGCUCAAUAUUUCAAAAUCAAGUUGUGGCGAGUCCCAGUUAACAAACAAUUUCAAGCAGAUGCCAGGGCUAUAAGAAGACAUAUCAACAAAAACACUAUAAUGAUUGUUGGAUCAGCACCUGGCUUCCCUCAUGGAAUUAUUGACCCAAUUGAGGAGCUUGGUGAUUUAGCUUCUAGUUUUGGAAUUUGUUUACAUGUAGACCUCUGUCUGGGUGGCUUUGUACUACCUUUUGCUCGUAAACUUGGGUACCCUGUACCACCUUGUGAUUUUUCUGUUCAAGGAGUGACCUCAAUCUCAGUAGAUGUACACAAAUAUGGUUUGGCUCCGAAAGGAACUAGUAUAGUUCUGUACAAAAAUCAUGACAUCAGAAAGCAUCAAUUUGUUGCUGUUACUGAAUGGUCUGGUGGGCUUUAUGUCUCUCCAACGAUUGCUGGGAGCAGGCCCGGAGGCUUGAUUGCUGGAGCUUGGGCAGCAAUGAUGUCACUAGGAGUGGAAGGAUACUUGGAAAACACAAGGGCUAUAAUGGAAGCUUCAAAGAGAAUACAGAAGGGAGUGCAGGAAAUUCCCGAACUAUUCAUCAUUGGAAGGCCUGAUAUGACCAUUGUGGCCUUUGGAUCUGAUGUUGUGGACAUCUUUGAAGUCAACGAUAUUAUGUCAUCAAAAGGUUGGCAUCUAAAUGCGCUGCAAAGACCUAAUAGCAUUCAUAUAUGUGUGACACUUCAGCAUGUAUGUGUUGUUGAGGACUUCUUGAAGGAUCUCAGAGAAUCUGUUCAAACUGUAAAAGAAAAUCCAGGUCCUAUUAGUGGAGGGCUUGCUCCAAUAUAUGGUGCGGCGGGAAAGAUGCCAGAUAGAGUAAUGGUUAAGGAUUUGUUGGUGGAUUUCAUGGAUAGUUCAUGCUAGUGGCAUUCUUAUCUUCCCGGUGGCGAAGCUUUCUCGUCUUAUAAUAUUUCAUAAUUCUUUUGUAAAGGUUCGAUGGAAGAAAUAACCGGAAUUGAUUAGCAAUACAUGACGUGACGUAUUUCAGCUAGUUUUGGUGUUGUCUGGAAAUCUUGUAUGCUUGCAAAAUCGCAUUAUCAAUUUUCUUCUUUUA